CUUUAAUAAAAUGACAUUGAAAAAAAAAAAAAUGAAUUCCUGAAGGCAAUUAAAGAGUAUACGCAAGUUAUGUAUCAUAAAAAAAUUGCGGUCAAAAAUCCGGGUGUUGAAUGAGGCCAAUGUACAGCCACAUCAUUGGAAUCUCCGUUCUGCCGGUCAUCAGCAAUCAGGUAUCACCUGCGAGGCUGUGGCUAAGAAAUUCUUAAAGGUGACUCAGUCUCUUUUAACUUCCUUUCAUCUUCCAUCUAUCCGUUUUUAAGCAAUACAUUCAAAUAUAGGUUUAUAAUUCCAAUAUUUCCGAUACCAAUACCAGUAUCAAUACUAGUACAGUGAUACCCAUAUUAUUUUUUAAAAUCAGUAUUCCAUAGUUUUGAAUUGCCGAUUGCUUACAAGUUUAUCUCCAACUCCAAAGCUAUCAGCGUAUCUAAAUAAUAAGUAAAAAAAUAAAAAAAUACCAGUCUCCAUUUAAGUUUGAACAGUAAAAGCAGUAGCGCCUAUCAACUUAUUAAUAUUUAAUAGAUCAUCAAUCAUCAUAUUUACUAUUGAAUGUUGACAGUGGGUUUAUCUCGAAUGUUCAGUUAUGUGUCGUAAGUGGUACAGAAAAGCAACAAGUUUAAAAAUACGGCCCUGAAAUAUAUGUGACCGAGCUAGACCGAAGGCUCACGAUCCGGCAACGAAGAUUGUAUCUGAGUAUUUGCUGUUCUGCUCUGUUCUCUCAAGUAUCAAACGUCUUUCCACUCCAUUGAAGGGGCUCUUGUGAUGACUUUUAAAGAUUUCUGUCAGUUCCCAGUUCACUUAUCUCAGUAACUUACAAUUACUGAGCAAUCGUGCUUGACUUGUCUGUAACUUAACUGUCACUAAGUUAUUAAACAACUUAUACAUACUCUUGUACUUGGAUUUAAAUUUAAAUUCUUCCAAGAAUUCAUUACAAGUGCACAUACUGGUUACUUAUAACUACGUACUCUAAUUAAUUAAUUAAAUAGAUAUUCAUCAUGUCGUGUAAAAGUAAACAGUUAAAUUUAAGUCCCAGUUGCGACUCAGUUCUCAGUUAUAAAUUCAACUUUUUAUUAUAGAAACGGCAAUAUAUUUAUAUGUAUGUAUUUUACCAUUGUUAUAUUAUUCUGUUGGCGCGCAUUCCUUGUAAUGUUAUUAUUAUUAUGUAGUAAAAUGGUCUUUCCACUCCAAUACGACGUUCACACACGUGUCUGGUGUCAGUCGGUACCAAGAGACGAUUCGUAACACCCGAUUUAUUUCUUCGCAUUUAUUAUACUUUAUUUAGAUUUAUAUAAAUCGUAUAAAUAUAUAUUAAUAAAUAUAAUUCAUACUUGCUCAGUAAACUCAGUUACUUGUAAUUACUUUUAAUUAUUUAAAUUUAAAUUUUAUUUUAAACGUCAGUUAAUUAUUUGUGGAAAAAAGUAAACCGGAAUUUGUAAUUGUGAUGUGAGAUUUAAAAGAUUUAAAUCUAGCGCGCGAAGAUUUUUUAAAAUUUAAAUGCCCAUGCCGGUAUAUUUUUAUCCCUGGUGUUUGAUUGACAGUUUUAAUGGGUUCGAUUAGUGGCACUUGUGCUUGUUAUUAAAACAUUUUGUUAUUUUUUUCAUAGUUAAUUAGUUUUUUGAAUGAGUAAUAAAUGACAGUGUUGGUGAUGUAAAUAUGAGUUUGAAAAGGAAAUGCUUUUUUAUCGUUAUCAACAAAUGAUUAAUAUGUGUAAUAAGCAAGUGAGGUUAUGCAGCUUAAACGGGCAGCAGACGUUACUACGGGUAGUAAUCAUGAUAAAUUGUUAAUAAAUAAUAAUACUGCGUGCAAGACAAUGGGAAGUAGGACAAUUAAUUCUACGGUAUUACAUAAUCCGAGUUUUCUUCAUGGUGACAUUGUUGUUGUCGGUGAUGAUAAGCAUGUCAGUAAAAAUACUAUUGAUAGUUUGGCACUGAGAAGAGCCAGUUUACCAUUACAGCUGGUCCCCAAUGAUAUUGUUUGCAUUGAUAAUAAUACAGAUCUAAUAAUUUGCGACAAUGAAUCUGCUGUUUCACUGUCACCUGAUGACAAUUCUUCAAUUGUUUCAGAAAAAAAUUCAAAGGAACUGGCGUGUAUAGAAGACAAUGAAGAAAGAAUCUCAACAGAGUUUGUUAAGCCUGUAGUUGAAUAUACUGCCACAAAUAAAGCGGACAUUGACUUAAAAGAUGAUGUACAUCACAAAAAUGUCGAUGUUUCGUGGGAAAAUAAGACUGAGACAAAGCUAGAGGAUAAACUAACAAUAACUCGUCCAAAAAGAUAUUGCCCGUCGUCGAAAUUUGGAUGCAAUGGUAAUAAAAAGUUUAUUGUCAAACCAAAAUGGAUUUUCGCACGUAAUGUUUUACAUUAUGUCCCUAAACAUAAACGUACUAGGAAAUUAAUUAACAAUAUAUUGCCCAUAAAUAAAAAUAAAGAUAAAGAUAAAAAUAUAAAUAAUAUUAAUGACGAAAACAAUUGGCCAAGACGUAAUGUAUCAUUACCAUCAAAUUUUGUUCAUGUAGCAGGUGCUAGACGCUGGUCUUGGUUGCAAGAUAUCGAUGAUAAUGAUAACUCACGAAUUAUCAUUAAUCACAAAGAAAAAUGUGCAACUUUAACGUUGACAGGUGACAGAAAAACGAGGAUGCAAAUUGAUGAUAAUGAUGAGGUCAUUUACAAAAGAAGCUCAUCAGCAGAAACUCUAGUUGAAGAAAAUAUAAAGGAACCUGUUGAAAUUGUCAAUAAAAGGCAACCAACGGUAUCUAUGACUUGGAGUUCAAGGAGACAUUCUGACGAACAACUUGCUAAGACAAACAACGGAUCGCUGGUUUAUUUAUCUAAACCUAAAGCAAAUGUUAGUUUUUUAUGGAGCAGCAUUGCUAAAUGUUCUAGUAAUGAUAAUAAUAAUAAGAAACUGGAUAAACUUGAUGGAGUUGAACCAGGUGAUCAUGAUGAGUAUGAUGACGUUGGAUUACCUUCAAUAGAUUCUCUCCAGGAUGACACGUACGACGAUGUGGGCGUACCCGAGUUAUGUGUAAAUGGAUCGGUGAAUUAUGAAGACGAACAAGUUUAUGAUGAUGUUAUGCUUGUACGUGCUUCUUUGCCAGCUAAAAUAUCCGUAAUUGAGAAAGAAAAUGAUAAUAAUAAUAGUAAUUGUAGUGGAAGUGAACAUGACAGGAAUGCUGAUAAACUCUUGACAAAUAAAGAAAUAAAUGUAAAUGAAAAGAAUGUUAAUGAAUUUAAACAAGAAUUUAUAUAUAUGAGAAAUGAUUAUUCGACAGUGGAUGAGGAUGCUGAUGAUGAGGUUACUGUUUAUGAUGAUGUAGGUGUUGUUUUAUGUGAAUCUCGUGUCAAUAGUAUUUAUGCCGGUUCUAUCAAUAUCGGCCAACUUGAUCCGUCAAAAGAAUCAGAGUGGGAAGACUUGGAUGAAAAUUUAUCUGUAAAUGGAUUGUCGAAAAAUUUACAAGCAUUAUUAAGAAAUUCAUCUGAAACACAGAGUGCAUGGAGUAAUAAAAAGAAAUCGGGACAAAGACGUACGAGGAAAGUGCGUCGUCAAAGAUCGAAAGCAUCGCGAAAGAAUUCAACACGCUCGGCCAACCGAGUGUCUCGACAGUCCACUGUUUCUGAUACGUGCUCAGACGAUUCAAACUACGAGACUUUAUAUUCAUUUGAACCGUACGAAUCGAAUCAAGUGGAUCCAGUUGAUCAGAUUGGGAGUAAAUUAUUUAAUUCAUCAGCGAGUAAAAGUAUAACGAGUGAUUUAAUUGAUGAAUCUACGAGAGAACGUAAUUUGGGAGCUCCAUUGAGACCAGUUCCACCCCCGCCGAGAGAAUCCAGUCUCACUGGAACGUUUGGUAAACGUAUGAAAAUCCUGAAACGUACUUGGAGUAUAACUAAAGGCAGCUUAGGACGCAUGAGAAGAAGAACUUCCGGUUCUACGGAAACAGAUUCAAAUGCUGAUGAUUUAAACAUUAAAUUGGGUGUCGAUGAUGGAAGGAAAUCAAGUCAAGUCUUUAGUUUUAAAAAACAUUUUCAACGUUCCAGUACAACGUCAACAUUUUAUCUUGACAAUGAUAAUGAUACAAGUGUGAAGAAUAAUAAUAAUAUUAAUAAUAGUGCUAGUACUAGCACUAGUUGCGACGACAUUUAUGAAAAUAGCAACUGGAUUAACGCUAAUUAUUCAAAACGCGAUACCAAUACAGUUGAUGAUUAUAAUAUACUGGCGGAAGAACCCUUGUAUCAAUUUUAUGCUGCGUCAACAUUUCGUGGUGCUUUUCAAUCUGAUUCGGACAGUUAUGGCGACACUGAAGAUUCAUUACCGUCAGCUUCUGAGCUAGGUAGACCUGGUUAUAGGACACUUUGGUCUCAGACACCACAGGUUAUUAAAAGUGGCUUACUCGAACAAUUAACAAGCGAUGAAAAAAAAUUACAAGAAGCUAAAUUUGAAAUAAUAACAUCUGAAGCAUCAUAUUUGAAUUCCUUAAGAGUAUUAGUUAAUGAGUUUCUGAUAAAUCAUGAGUUAGUUUACGAAGCACUGUCAGCAACAGACCGUGAAAAAUUGUUUGGUAGUGUACCGAGUGUGUUGAUUGCAUCGGAAAGAUUGUUGGCAGAAUUAGAGAGUGUAUGGCGUGGAGAUCCGAUGCUAAAAGGUCUUCCGGAAGUGUUGCUUAAGCACGCAGAACGGUGUUCGAAAAUAUACAUCGACUACUGCUCAAACCAAGUCAGCAUUGAUUUGACUUUGAAAGAACUGCGUUCGAAGAAAUCAUCAAAAUUUAUUGAAACUGUUACUCGUAUCGAGUCACAUCCAGCUUGUCAGAGUUUGACGCUCCAUUCGUUUUUAAUGUUGCCAAUGCAACGUGUUACGAGACUGCCAUUACUCGCGGACGCGGUGCUGUCGAAACUAUCAACGGAGCAUGAAGAACGGCUUGAUUGGGAAAAAGUAUUGUCUGUACUUGGUAGAGUUGUUACCGAGUGUAAUGAAGGUGCACGAGUUGCUGGAAGACAAAUCGAAAUGGCUUCUUUGGCGAAAAAAAUUGAGUACACGACCAAAGUACCGCCUAUUGAUUUACGUGAUAGGUAUCUGGUACGAAGUGGUUCUGUUACACAGAUACUCGCUAAGCCUGGUGCUGAGUAUGUACUGACAUUUAGAAAAAAGUUUAACAAGACACCGCUUUAUCUUUUGUUGUUAACGGACCAUUUACUUAUUGCUAAAUUAAAGACCAAUAAUCAAGAUGAAGUAUAUUCAGUUAUUGAUUCAUGUAAGAGAAGUCUUAUUGCAUUAGAAAAAGUUCCUGAUGAUUCGCCUUUUGCUGGACGGUAUGCCAUGAUUUUAACACUACUAGAUAAUUAUUGUAGUCGACAUGUUGAAUAUAUUCUAUCAUGUCAAAAUGCAACCGAGAGAGAAAGAUGGCUUGACGCAGUUUCACCACCAAAACCAAGUUUAGUUGGUGAAACUUUGUAUGAAACAUGGGAUUGUCCGCAAGUUAUGGCUUUGUAUUCUUAUACUCCAGUACAACCGGAUGAAUUAUCACUUCAACCAGGUGAUGUAAUAAACGUUCUCAGAAAAAUGGCUGAUGGAUGGAACCUUGGUGAAAAACUUGUAGGUGGUGAGCAAGGCUGGUUUCCUGGUAAUUAUACUAAAGAAGUUGCUUCUGAGCAUGUACGUGCUAAAAAUUUGAGACAGAGACAUCGAUUGCUUGCACUCAGUGAGAGCCUUUUGCAGCAAUACGCUAAACAAUCUGUUUGUAUUAAUCGAUAAUGUGAUAUAUUGUUCGUUGCUUAAUUUAUAUAAUUGUAUAAAGUAUACAAAUAAUUAACUUGAAAUUUUUUUCAAGUACAAAUUUUGUUACUCUAUUGAAAUUGUGAAAAAUAUUU